AAAUCUCAGUCUUGAGAUCUUGCUAGUUAUUUCUUACGAAGUUAAAGAUAUAAUUUUAUACAAAUAUAUUGUCAAUAUAAUAAUUUUGCGUUUUAAAGACGACUGAUGUGAGUGUAAAUGAUGUAGGAGAUCAUGUCAAGUAGAAGUUUAGGUUAAGGGUGACUGACCCCAAGUAGUUGGGAUUAAGGCGAGGAAAAAGAAGAAGAUUGUCAAUAUAAUAAUAUUAGUGCAUAUAAUUAAAAUAUAAAAACAUACCCAUGGAACAUAUCUCUAGCUAUUGCAUUUGGCGAAUUUAUGAAAUUAAACUAUGAGAGGGGUCCACAGUUCAUUAAUCACAAUAAGAACGUGUUUUUUGAAAAAAUUCAUUAUGCUACUGCAAACAAUGGACAAAAAGUGGUUAUUUUACCAACAGUAUUAGUAUCAAAAAACAAAAAUUCACGCAUUGAUAAAGUCCGACGGUCCCGUCGGAGAAAAAACCAAAAAUUCAAAACAAUUAAGUGUCCUAUAGACGCCAGUCGACAAAAAGUAUUUUAUAUAAAAUCAAACGGUGGAUAUAAAAAUGCGAUAAUUAAGAAAAAUACCGAUGAUUUAAAAACUCAAGUAACAGACGAUGUUGACGUACAAGAAUCGAAAAAAGGUAGACCUAAAGGUUCUAAAAAUAAGAAUAAAUUUGAUCCAAUUGGAUAUGGCCUCACAGACAAAUCAUUUGUAUAUUCUGUGGACUUGAAUACGUGUGUCGUUUGUAACGAGUCAUUGGACACUGAUCUAUUAGAUCACGCACUAGAACAUCACAAAGACACUUGUCCAAUUUGUGGUGAAUAUUGCAGUCAAAAUUUGUCGAAACAUUUUGAGUCGCAUGCAAAACAAACUUAUUUGAAAGUUAAGUGCUACGAAUGUUAUCAUUGCAAAGAAAAGUAUGGCAACUCUGAAUUAUUGGCAGACCAUGUACUCGAAGUGCAUGUAAAAAAGGCUACCCAAUUAACGUGCUGCAUCUGCGGACAGAUAAUAUCACGGAAUACGUUAGUAGCUUUGCGACAACACAUAUCCGUAGCGCAUUCGGACGCAAAUCCGUCCACGUUUCCAGAAACCUGUGGAUAUUGUAACCAUCAGCCAGGUCGUAACGAUCUUAUAGCCCAUUUAUUUGACAAACAUCUUUCUAAGACUUCAGUCACUAUGUCAUGUACGAUUUGUGAAGCACAGUGCGAUAGCCGCUCGGAUAUUGUCGAUCAUAUGGUCCGUACACACUGUUCCAGUACAACUUACAGGCGACCAGCAGUUUAUCGCUGCCCAGCGUGUCACAUAGGAUUCAAAACUCAAACCAGUGUGCUGAGACACGCGUGUAGUGCCAUUAAGAACCCGUACUGCGAAAAUUGUGAUAAAAUGUUUCCGUCAAAAAUGAGGCUUGCUUUUCACUUGCAAUUUCACGAUCAUGUAUUUUAUCCUGCGAUGCACUUACGUUGUGACGUAUGCUUAGUUGAAAUGGAAGAUGAAUAUCAGUUGUAUGAUCAUAUUCGAUUCCAACAUGAAGUAUGCGAAAAGGCGGUCUGUGAAACAUGUGGUCGCAUGUUCAAAACGUCUAUGGGUCUGAGUAUUCAUCGCCGGUAUCACGUCGGUGACAGACAUUACACGUGCAAGACUUGUGAUAAAUCAUUCUUAAAUCGUUCAACGCUUAAAGAGCAUGAAAUAUCGCACAUGGAAGUCAAACCUUUCCGUUGCCAUAUUUGUGGUCAAUAUUUGAGUCGAGCGUCGCGUUUGCGAUCACAUGUAAAAUCUCACAAAGCUGCUGAAUCGACAUCACAACGUUGCUGCUAUUGUUUGACAUGUGGUUUUGUAGCUCCAAACACAUAUUUAAUUAGCGAUCACAUGAGCAAAGAACACGACUUCGAAGGUGAGGCUAGGACUGCGGAUUUGUCCUUAAUUGUAAAGUGCGAGUACUGCGAUUCUACAUACAUCGACUCAACUAGCUUAAAUCAACACCGAGAUAAUAAGCACCCAAAAAGCGAAAACUCUGAUGCUUUUGCUUGUGCUUUAUGUUCUUCUACUUUUAGCACAUAUUCCAGACUGACAACUCACAAACUUACUCAUGGCAUAAACACCGAGUCUACAUUAUUGGAUACUCAGUUCAAUGAUGUUAAUGUUGAUCAGGAUCGAUUUUGUAUACCACAAUUCUUUUCGUGCGAACAUUGUGGUAAAAUGUGUCUUCAUUACACUUACUUAUGUCUACAUAGAAAACUUAAACACUCUAAAAAAACCGAACAAGUUAAAUGUAGCCGAUGUCCUCAAGAAUUCAAAUCGUCUUGGAAACUUAUAUACCAUAAAAAAACAACGCAUGGCCUCAGCCCAAACCAAGAAACCCAUUCAGAAGAUGUUCACCAAUGUAAAAUCUGCUUUCGAAAGUUCAGCAAGGUUGGCGCUCUUAAUUUACACAAAACCCGUAGUCAUAUUGACAAUAGUACCAGUGUUAAUGCCGGAAAAUAUUUAUGUGAUCAAUGUGGAAAAUCACUUAAUAGUGAACGUUCAUUGAUUAACCAUAAAAAAACCCACUCCCGUCAUAUACCAUGUCUUGAGAACAAACAACCAACUACACCUAUCAUUACUGAAACGAAACCACAAGAAAAAAAUGAAGAUAAUAUUACUAUUUAUAAUCAGAUCUCAUGCCCUAUUUGUCUACAUUUAUUUGACGAUAAUUUAGAAUACAUCGAACACCUUGAAAACCAUACUAAAGUAGAAAACAUUGUUCCCACUAACACGAUUUGCAUUUUGUGCGAUACAGAUUUAUUGGAUACUCAAAUGUUCAAGUAUCAUAUCGAAAAACAUUCAGUUAAUAAAGAAGCUAUAGUUUGCUACAUUUGUUAUGCACCAUUCCAUUCAUGUCAAGGAUUUCUUUUACAUGUAGGAAAUGUGCAUCAAAUGUUCAAACUGUUAUCAGAGGAACACAUUUUACCUGAAAUAUCAUUUGUGGGUAUGUCUCAAAGAAACUUAUUAAAUAAUGAACCAUUAGUCGUUGAUUGUUCACAAGUAUUAGACAAUCAAAAUCCUGUGGAAUUAUUGGUACCUAUUGUUACGAAAGAUAUAAAUAAUCAAAAUUUAAUACGUGAACCUUCCCCAAACUCGGCAAUACUUUUUUCGACCACUGAUGAACACACGUUACAUCAAGAAAAUGCAUCAAACCCACCGGAAAAUUUUGAAUUUAAUUAUCCAUCAAGUUCAAAUAAUGUCUAUGAACAAAAUGCUACACAAGAUAAUUGUUUAGAAUAUUUACCUGUAUCAACAAUAAAUAUUAAGAAAGAAAAUAUUUAUCCAAAAAAUGUACUAGAAAACAAUGAUAACAUCAAUUUUGACCAAUUAUUAAAAGUAUCCGAACACGAAAAACAAAUUAACGAACCAAAUCCAACUUUAGACGAAUUAUUGGAUCUUAUUCCUUUAACUCCUCAGCGUGUUCAAGAUAAUUCAUACUUGAAUAUUACAGAAGAAACUCGAGAUCAAAUGUUCUUCUUAAAUAAUUUACUUGAUGAAAAACCUUCGGAUUGUGCAACACAAUAAUUUGUAGCCUUUGAUACUAAAUGUUC